AGUUCUUAAUGCGUCCUGGUCUCUCCUGCAUUCUCAUUGAAAAUGAAAGGAAGGGCACCACUCUGGUGGUAGUGGUGGUGGUGGAGGGAGGGAGGGACUGCCUCUCCACCUCACAUCGUCUCCUUCUCACGUUACCAAGCUAUAGCGAAGUAGCGAGAUCAGCAAAGAGCCAACUGCGCCUCAUGAGCCUGCCUCCUCAUCCAAAUGUGAUAAAACUCAGCUCAGAGGCCCAUUACGCGGCGAUAGAAGGAACAUUUCCCAUCUCACUCGAUUUCCUUUACGUGCGUACCAACGCAGCGGUAGAUGGAGAUCUCAAUGGGAACAAAGCGGUGUGGCACAACUACGCCUGGUCGCUCUAUUUUGUGAGUGACGGCGGCAGCUGCGGAGCUGCUAGAAGAAUCUUCUCAUGGGAUUUGGCGGUUGUGAGGCGCCUGAUCUGGAGGCAACGUGAGGAGCACACAUACCUUCAGAAAACAGGGCACAACAAGGCUCUCCCUUCCUGCGCCCGACAGCUGCCGAAGAGCUGACACCGCACCGGUGAGUACCGGCUAGUAAGAGAAGUCACCGGGAGAGAGGAGAAAAAUUCAUUUUUUUCAUCCAAGCACAAGCAGGCAGCACCUUCAAAGCGAAACGGCUGUGGGUACGUAGCAUGGGAGCGCUAUGUUGUCCAGGAAAGGACUCAUUCCUGAAGAUUACUUGCUUACACGUUUGGCCGAAGAUGUUCUGCAGCCCAAGUUCAAGGCGAAAGCGGGAAAGGCUCGGUUCGUCUCCAAGAACGGCACAUGCAAUGUAGCGCAUACCAACAUCCGAGAGCAGGGCCGAUUCUUGCAGGAUGUGUUUACAACGCUCGUGGAUUUAAAAUGGCUUCACACGCUCAUCAUUUUCACCAUGUCGUUUCUGUGCAGCUGGCUCCUUUUUGGAAUGAUCUGGUGGCUCGUUGCGUUUGCGCACGGCGACUUGGACCAGAGCGCAGACGACUUUAUCCCGUGCGUAACGGAUAUUCACUCCUUCUCCUCCGCGUUUCUGUUCUCUAUAGAGGUCCAGGUGACCAUCGGCUUCGGGGGGCGGAUGAUAACGGAGGAAUGCGUUUCCGCUAUCAUCAUUCUGAUCGUGCAGAACAUUGUCGGGUUGGUUAUCAACGCCAUCAUGCUCGGCUGCAUCUUCAUGAAAACCGCUCAGGCCAACCGGCGCGCAGAGACGCUCAUUUUCAGCAAACACGCCGUUAUCUCCGUCAGAAACAACAAGCUCUGCUUUAUGGUUCGCAUCGGGGAUCUGAGGAAAAGCAUGAUCAUCAGCGCCACCGUCCGAAUGCAGGUUGUCAAGAGAACCACCACGGAGGAGGGUGAGGUGGUGCCACUAGACCAAAUCGACAUACACAUGGAUAACCCAGUGGGUACCAAUGGCAUCUUCUUGGUAUCUCCCCUCAUCAUCUGUCACAUAAUUGACAAGCACAGCCCCCUUUACGACCUUUCCGCCUCUGAUCUGUUACUCCAAGACAUAGAGGUGAUCGUUGUGUUGGAGGGGGUGGUGGAAACCACCGGUAUCACCACCCAGGCCAGGACGUCCUACGUGUCGGAGGAGAUCCUGUGGGGACAGCGCUUUGUGCCUACAGUGUCCGAGGAGGACGGCAUGUACGCAGUGGACUACUCCAAGUUUGGCAACACUAUGAAGGUCCCAACACCGUGCUGCAGCGCUAAGAAACUGGAUGAGGCAGGUGGCAUCGCUCGGUUUAAACUGACCGAGGGCGUCACCUUGCGGGCGUCUGUAAGAAGACGUCGGGGCUCCGUCGUGGCUCGAAGGUCCAGGCUGGAGACCAUGAAAACUCACGAUUAAGAGUGUGCAAAUCAUGUCUGCGAGCAUUUUGUAUGAGAGUUAACUGUCUAAGAUUGGUGGUUAUUAAUUCAGAUAAUCAUAUUUAUUUUAUAACAUAUGGUAGGGAUUACCUGUAAUCAACAAUCAGCAUAUAUUCUCUCCAGCCGUAUGCAGCCCGUGCGCACAACAUGCUUUUAUACUCAGGGUCAGCGUGAAAAUGCGCGAGAUAGAAUGCACUGAUGAUUAGAAGUGACUGCUGUAUCAGGUGUGAAUCACCUUGUCUUUUAUUUAAACAAAAAAUUGACUGCAUGUGUCCUAAAUAAAUAAAAGAACGCUGCUAGAAA